AUGGCGUUCGCCACUGCUCGCCUUGUCUUUGCCCCACUAUCUCCACCCACCACUUCGUUUAAAUCACAUGCGACAACGUUUCCCAAACUACCCCUCUGUUCUCAGAAGAAUCCCCAUUCUCUUCCCUUGGCCGCCGCCGCCGCCGCCGCCGCCUCCUCUCACAACCAACCGCCUCCGCCGUUCGCCACCGAGAAAGAGCUUCUAGAAUCUGCAGCAGGUUUCGAUGCUGCCGGAGACUCCUUCCCAGCCAUCAGAACUUACGAAAACGAUCUGGCCCGGCUCACCCUCCUCGGUGCCGUCAACUACCGACAAGCCCUUACGGCGGCCGCGGCAGACGGAGGGGCUGCUGCCGAUGAGCAUUUGUCCUCCGGCAUGGCUACCAUGGUUGUGGAAACCUUAUUUCCCGGCGCCUCUGGUGACCACAGCACCAUUGCCACAAGAUUAGUUUUGCCUGCGAAAAAAGUUAAAGAGAGAUCUAUAGAGCUGAAGAAGAGAUUGCGUAGGAAGGAGAUGUUUAGUGGGACCACACAGGACAAUAUACUUGCAAUGACCUUUAGACAAGUAGUCGUGCACCACCUUCAGAGUGUUGAACUGCAAGUAUUUAGUCCUGCAACAGAGCGAAAUAUGAAUGAUCUCGGAAAUCCAAGAGAGGUAUCUGUUGCUUUAACCCUCAGCUCCAUGGAUGAACAGCUCCUUGGUGCAAUUGGAGAGGUUAUUUGUGCUGCUGCCUUUAGAGAUACUAAAAGUCAUACUCUUCAUGUUUCCACAAAUAGAGUAUUUGGUGGCCUUUUCAGUUGGCUUGACAAGAGGAAACAGAUUUCAUCCAGAGAUCAUUCCAUUGUCCUGUACAACUUUCUCGAACAUGAGAUACUCGCAAAUGCCAAAUUUCUGGUGGAGAAGUUCAACUCGGAAAGGGGAAAACAUAAGCUGAAGGUGCCAAAAUUGAAGAGCCGUUGGUGGAUGCCUACAGCUUUCUCAAAGUUGGAGAAGAUUGGUGGUCAUGAAUUUCUCACUUGGGCAAGUGAGGUUUUGCCAGCUUACAUUUUGGAAAUUGCCUCGGACAAGUACAGUGAUGUGGAAUUUGGAGGGUGGAAAAAAACAGAUGGUAAUAGAUGGCAAGUUGUUCUUACUCAUUCCCAAAUGGUUGAUUUGGCUGAUGUAUUGGAUAUGUACUAUGAGGACAUUUUCACAUUGCCCAACAAGAGAUUGCCUUGUUACGCAGCUGUAAAACCAUCGGACUUGGAUUACACAAAGAGCAAUUCUUUUUUGAAGACGUUGUCAUGUGUCUUCGUGAGUGGGAUUCUUUUGGUGACAUUUAGUGUUCUGGGAAAGCUUUUUGUGCCGCAUUUACCGAUUAACUUUAUUCAACAAAAAUCUCAAGCUUCACUCUCUGAUGUCAUCCUCGUGCCUGACCAGUCUCUGGAAAUUCCUGAGUUGGAGACGUGCUGUGUCUCGAUAAUCAGAAAAAUCAAGGAUUCUUUCGGUUGGCCUGAUGAGAUAAGGAUAAAAUCUGGUCCAUGUGCAUGGAUUGGGGAACUGCCUAAAUUCAUGAGGGGAAUGGAUGACAGGGAUUCCACCACUAAGCUUGACAUUUCAUCCAUUUUAGUACCAUUAGCAGAAAAUGAGGUGGAAAAGCAAGCAUUAGAAGACAUCGGUAGUUAUCAGGUGGUGGUGUCAAGUGAGGGGGAUAUCUUAGGAUUUCAACCUACUAAUCGAGUCGCAGUCAACAAUUGGGCAUCAAACCCGUUAGCCAAAGUGUUGCAUGGUGGAAAAACUCUUUCCCCUGGUUUCUUUGAACCCGGUCUCAAAAUCGGCCGUCCAAGUAGCGUGUUGGUAUUGGAGCUGUUGAUGAGUUUGAAUCCCAAAUCCUACUUUGCUAUGGUUAGAGCUGUUGAUGUUAGUGGCACAGGGCAAGCUGAUAGUUGA